GUACCGCUCUCCUUUACUAGUGGAAACGAUAGCUCCCGUUGUGUGAGACACGCAAUCACAACUCACAUCGCCAACUGGUUUUACUCGGAUUUAAUGUUGUACUUUUUAUGAAGUUUACUAGAAGCCAAUCCAGCUUGGAGUUUAUAACAAUCUACGUGGUAUGAAAGUGGAGCGGACGCUUCAAACAAAGUAAAAGAGGAGGUAGACCUGUACGUUUGAUGGCUGCUGGGGAUGGAGCCCAGUUGCCUGCCACAGUAGCGGCCAGCCGGAGCGUGGAGAAGGCGCUCGAGGAGGCUGCCGCGAGCGGGGCUCUUAACUUGUCCAACCGAAAACUGAAGGAGUUUCCCCGGAGCGCCAGGAACUACGACCUGUCCGACAUUACACAUGCAGAUCUGUCUAAGAACCGCCUGUGUGAGCUGCCGGAGGAGCUUUGUCAGUUCAUCUCUCUGGAGACGCUGAGUCUUUACCACAAUGGCAUGCGUUCACUGUCGCCCAGCCUGGGCAACCUCCAGGCCCUCACCUACCUCAACCUCAGUCGUAAUCUUCUGUCCAGUUUACCCCAGUCGGUGUUUCAGCUUCCCCUCCUGCGAGUGCUCAUAGUGAGCAACAACAAGCUGUGUUCACUGCCUGCCUCCAUAUACUCCCUCAAACACCUCCGACAGCUGGAUGUAAGCUGUAAUGAGCUGCAGUGUUUGCCAGCAGAGCUCGGCCAGCUGGAGUCUCUGAGGGACUUGAACCUGAGGAGGAACCAGCUCACCACUUUGCCUGAAGAAAUAUCUGAGCUCCCUCUUGUCCGGCUCGAUGUGUCCUGCAACCGCAUUUCCCACGUGCCCUUGUGCUACCGCCACCUCCAGCAUCUCCAGAGCAUCUUGCUGGACAACAACCCACUCCAAAUGCCGCCGGCGCAGAUCUGCUCCAAGGGCAAAUACCACAUCUUCAAGUACCUCAACAUGGAGGCCUGCAAGAGAAACCAGGAGGAGCUGGAGAGACACAUGAGGCCCACUGGAUUUAACAGCUGUCUGUCAGAUCAGGAGCUGUUCGCAGGUCAGUUUGGAGGGCUGGAUUCAGGCUUCAACAGUGUCGACAGCGGCAGCAAACGGUGGUCUGGGAAUGAGUCAGCAGAUGACUUCUCAGAGCGUUCCCUACGGAUGGCUGAGGUCAGCAGAGACCAGAGGAACCUGGAGGAGGAAGAGGAAGAGGAGGAUGGAUCCCCUCUGAAAGCUAACAAAGUGAAUGGGGAGGCUGAGCAUGUGGACUUCAUUGACAGCAGUGUGACAGAGGAAGAGGAGGAGAUCAGGAUGGCUCCACCCACACCUCCUCUCACAGCGCCUCCUUCGGAGCAGAAGGAGAGCUCUUCACCACCCCGAACCCAGGACUCAACAAUAUGCAGAUCCACCCUACUUGUGGAGGUUGUCCCCCCAUCAUCAAACUCCUCGUCCCCCUCCAGCCCCACCCUGGAGGAGCGGAGGAGGCCGGACACCCUGUUCAUCUGGCAGGAGAGAGAACGUCUGCAGCAGCAGCAGAGAGAAAAGGCCAGUUUGCUGAAGUCAUCCACCAAAACAGGAAGUCAUGUGGCCACUGCACCACAGACAGGAAGUAGCUCAAUUGGCGCAUCGUCAGAGAACAACAGCUCCCAAUCAGGCCUUCGGCAGCGCUGUGCAAGUGCUGAUCAGAUGAUCGCAGUGUCUUCUUCAACACUUCUACAACGCUCGAACAGCAGAACAGAUUUUCCGUCCUCCCCAAAGACGUCCCCUCCACCCGGUCAGAACCAGAAACCCAACAGUUUCCUGUUCCGCACCUCCUCCCGCAGCAACGUCAAACCCGCAGUCUUUACUCUUUCUGAGUCUGGCAGAAGUGAGUCUCGCACAAUGCUGCGUUCACCUAAAGAGGAGAGACCAGACAUCACACAACUACGCAAGACUCUGGAGUCUCGGCUGAAGAUCACUCUACCAGAGGAUCUGGGCGAGGCCUUAUCCAACGGCACGGUCCUCUGCCAGCUAGUCAAUCAGAUUCGACUACGCUCCGUGUCAAUCAUCCACAUUCCCUCCCCAGCAGUGCCAAAACUGAGCUCAGCAAAAUGUCGACUUAACGUGGAAAACUUCAUUGCUGCUUGUCGCAAGCUGGGAGUCUCUGAGGAUUCCUUGUGUUCCCCCCAACUCAUCACGGAGGACGAGGGGCUGAGCCGGCUGGCCCAGACCGUGCAAGUGUUGAUUGAUCUGGCCGACGGCUCCCAGUAGGUCCCGAAACAGGAAACAUUUGGAGCUGCUUGUUUUUAACAUGCUUUAUAUUUAACAUGUUCAUUACACUGACUUUACAGUUAGUCACACUGUGUCCAAAGAUCAAAUACACGUUCACAAUAAAAAAAGACUUGUGUGAA